UGCGUGUUCUUCAUCUAUUCUACCACACCACCCAUUUGAGAGGACCAAGGAAGUGCUGUAUGAUGCUUCACCUCAGGAGACCUCAGCCAACCGUGGUUACCGUGGCGCUGCUACAACUCAUUGUCUUGGUGUCCCUGUACCGCUGGUGCAUCAUGCAGCGUGCACGUGCCCCCCACGAUGCCUCUCUCCAACACCCUCCCCCACCACCACCACCACCACCCCAAUUACAGUCUCUGACCCAGGGCAAGGUCCACGUGCUGCUGGUGUCCUCCUGGAGGUCUGGAUCCUCCUUCCUGGGCCAGCUGUUCAGCCAGAACCCGUCCGUCUUCUACCUUCCGGAGCCUGCGUGGCACGUGUGGAAAACGCUGCAUAUGUACGGUGUUGACUCGUUGCGGAUGGCCGUUCGCGACCUCUUGUGGCAGGUGCUGAAGUGUGACAUGUCCGUCAUGGACUCCUACCUGCCCCCCAAGUCCAAGGCCUCCAAGCUGUUCAUGUGGAGCCACAGCCGGGCACUCUGCUCUCCGCCUGUCUGCUCACUGACUCCCCCCGGUGGUUUCAGCAACCAGACGCAGUGCGAAAGGCGCUGCCACUCUGCCAACAUGUCCGACGCAACGGACACCUGCCUGAAUCACUCGCACGUGGCACUCAAGACGGUCCGCAUCUUCGAGCUGGAGUCGCUCUACCCGCUGCUGCGCGACCCGACGCUGGACCUGCGCAUCGUGCACUUGGUGAGGGACCCGCGGGCCGUGUGGAGGUCGCGACGGAGUUUGGGCCUGGAUCUGGUCCGGGACAACGCAGUGGUGCUGGGCCAUCGCGACCUGGAGAGGCUGGAGGCAGAGUACCACGUCAUGGAGGCUGUGUGUCAGAGCCAGGUGCGCAUGCAUCAAACCGCGAUGCGUGAUCCGCCCGACUUCCUGCGCGGCCGCUACAAGAUGGUGCGCUACGAGGACGUGGCUGAGGAUCCACUGGGGCAGGUGGAGGACAUCUACCGUUUCGCAGGCCUGGAGAUGACUCGCCGCAUGCAGCUCUGGACCUUCCGGGCGACGCACGUCAGCGUGGAGGCCAAGGACCGCUUCGACACGAGCUCGCGCAACGCCAAGAACGUCUCCCAGGCCUGGAGGAAGUCGCUGGGCCACGAGCAGGUGUUACGGGUCCAGAGGGUCUGCAGGGACGCCAUGUCUCUGCUCGGAUACCGCGCGGUGGACAGCGUACUGGACCAGCGGGAUCUUGAGCGGGACGUGGUGUUGCCACGGGAACUGAACCGGUUGGGUGGGAUGGCGGAGGAGUCCUUGCAGCAAAGACUGAAGUGAAGAUUUGCAGCAAGAACAUUACAUUCUGACACGUGUGCAGUUCUUAGGAUUAGGGUCACGUGUAGGUCCAGUGAACGUGUUAUAUAAUAUAAAACACAUUUUUGUGGUGAUUUGUGACAUGCCUUGAGUAGAUGUGCAGGACAGGUGCAGGACAAAGGUUUAUCUAAAACAGAGAGAGAGAGUAAAAGUAUGUGCAGUGCAAGUCCAACUGAAUGUUUAUUUAAGAAGUACA